CUGCGCGGCGGCGCCGAGCGCGGAGAGUUCCCCUACCUGGGCGUCCGCCUGCCCGAGCCCGGCCCCGGCCCCGGCCCCGGCCCCGCGCUGCUCUCCGGCAAGCCGCCCAACCCCGGGGACGUGCUGCUAGAGGUGAACGGCACCCCGGUGAGCGGCCUCACGCACCGCGACACGCUGGCCGUCAUCCGGCACUUCAGGGAGCCCGUGCGCCUCAAGACCGUGCGCCCAGGAAAAGUCAUCAACAAAGAUUUGCGUCACUAUUUGAGCCUGCAGUUCCAGAAGGGCUCCAUCGACCAUAAACUCCAGCAGGUGAUCAGAGACAACCUCUAUCUGAGAACCAUCCCAUGCACUACAAGGGCUCCCCGGGAUGGGGAAGUCCCAGGGGUGGAUUAUAAUUUCAUUCCUGUUGAACAGUUUAAAGCACUGGAAGAAAGUGGAGCCCUGCUAGAAAGUGGAACAUAUGAUGGCAAUUUCUAUGGCACUCCAAAGCCUCCAGCAGAACCCAGUCCCUUUCAGCCAGACCCAGUGGAUCAAGUUCUUUUUGACAAUGAGUUUGACACAGAAUCCCAGAGAAAGAGAACCACCUCAGUCAGCAAGAUGCAACGAAUGGACAGUUCUCUCCCUGAGGAAGAGGAGGAGGAGGAGAAGGAAACAGUUAAUGGAAGCGGAGGGAUAGAAAACAAAGAGAAACAUUCGGAUUCUUCCGACUGGAUGAAGCCUGUUCCUAGUUACAACCAGACAAGCAGCUCCAUGGAUUUCAGGAAUUACUUGGCACGGGAUGAGACUCUGGAGCCUCUCCCUAAGAACUGGGAGAUGGCCUACACGGACACUGGCAUGAUCUACUUCAUCGACCAUAACACCAAGACAACCACCUGGCUUGAUCCACGGCUCUGUAAGAAAGCCAAAGCUCCAGAAGACUGUGAGGAUGGAGAACUGCCUUAUGGUUGGGAGAAAAUAGAAGACCCUCAGUAUGGAACGUACUAUGUUGAUCACAUUAACCAGAAAACCCAGUUUGAAAAUCCAGUGUUGGAAGCCAAAAGGAAAAAACAGCUAGGACAGACUGACGUUGGCCAUUCUAAACCAGAACCAGACAAGUCCGCCUUCACUAGAGACCCAGCCCAGCUCACAGGAGCUCUCAUACGGACAUCGUUGAAGAAAAGUGCUAUGGGAUUUGGCUUUACGAUCAUUGGUGGGGACAGACCUGAUGAGUUCUUGCAAGUGAAGAAUGUGCUGAAAGAUGGACCUGCUGCACAGGAUGGGAAGAUGGCACCAGGUGAUGUCAUUGUAGACAUAAAUGGCAGCUGCGUCCUUGGCCAUACCCAUGCAGAUGUUGUCCAGAUGUUUCAGCUAGUUCCUGUCAACCAGUAUGUCAACAUGACUUUGUGUCGAGGUUACCCUCUUCCCGAUGACAACGAAGACCCUGUUGUGGACAUUGUUACGGCUACACCUGUCAUCAACGGCCAGCCAGGAGAAGUAUGUGUCACCAGCCAAGAUCUGAUACCAGGAACAGUUGUUUUGGACCAGAACGGGAAACCAGGUCAUACUUUGGCCAAUGGUCGUGUGAACGGCCCUACCAUGGACCCAAAUGAGCAGAGGGUCUCAGUAGCUUCGUCAGGGGGUUCUCAGCCGGAGCUCGUCACCAUUCCUCUGGUCAAGGGCCCUAAAGGAUUUGGGUUUGCGAUUGCAGACAGUCCCACGGGGCAAAAGGUGAAGAUGAUUUUAGACAGUCAGUGGUGCCAGGGCCUCCAGAAGGGAGAUGUGAUCAAAGAGAUUUGCCAUCAGAACGUGCAGAGUUUGACACACCUGCAGGUUGUGGAGGUCCUGAAGCAGUUCCCGGUGGGAGCAGAGGUGCCACUGCUUAUCGUAAGAGGAGGUCCCCCAUCACCUACUAAAGCUGCCAAAGUGAAGACAGAUAAGCAGGAGAACUUGGGAAGCUUGGAAGUCAUCAGUGAUGCCGUUCCGCAGCCGAUGCCUUUCCCACCCGCUGCUGUACGGUCAGGCUCUCCAAAACUAGACCCUUCUGAAGUCUACCUAAAGUCUAAGACCAUAUUUGAAGACAAGCCUCCAAACACAAAGGAUUUGGAUGUUUUCCUUCGGAAACAGGAAUCUGGUUUUGGCUUCCGGGUGCUUGGGGGAGACGGACCUGACCAGCCAAUAUAUAUUGGAGCCAUCAUCCCGCUGGGGGCAGCAGAGAAAGACGGAAGACUCCGAGCUGCAGAUGAGCUCAUGUGCAUCGAUGGCAUCCCCAUCAAAGGGAAGUCGCACAAGCAGGUCUUGGACUUGAUGACCAGUGCUGCACGGAACGGCCAAGUGCUACUUACUGUCCGGAGGAAGAUCUUUUUUGGCGGAGAAAAGCAGCUGGAAGAGGAGGAGUCGCAGCCACCCAGCGCCACGCAGAAUGGGUCCCCCCGAUUGAAUCGGACGGAGAUCACAAGUCGGCCAUCCCCAGAGGUCUAUGAUGUCCGGCUGCAGCGGAAGGAGAAUGAAGGCUUUGGCUUUGUCAUCCUUACCUCGAAAAACAAACCACCUCCUGGCGUGAUUCCUCACAAGAUCGGGCGUGUCAUUGAAGGGAGCCCGGCUGAUCAGUGUGGGAAGCUGAAAGUGGGAGACCGCAUCUCCGCAGUGAACGGCCAGUCAAUUGUAGAGCUCUCCCAUGACAGCAUCGUGCAGCUCAUCAAGGACGCAGGCAACGUGGUCACACUGACGGUGGUGGCUGAGGAAGAGCAUCGUGGUCCCCCCUCAGGAACCAACUCGGCCAGGCAGAGCCCCGCGCUGCAGCACCGAGCCCUGGGACCAGCACAGCCCAACCCUGCGACCACAGACAGGGGAACCACAGAGGGCGAUACCGGGAAGGACGCGUCUAGCACCUACAAGGUCUCCUGGCCAGAGCACAAGCACUUGGCCCAGCCUGAUGCAGGCAUUCCCUCGGUGGUGGGCAGCCGGCAUUCCCAGAGCCUUGGCUGUUAUCCAGUAGAGCUGGAGAGAGGCCCUCGGGGCUUUGGAUUCAGUCUCCGUGGCGGAAAGGAGUACAACAUGGGUUUAUUCAUCCUGCGGCUUGCUGAGGACGGGCCUGCCAUCAAGGACGGGAGAAUCCACGUUGGGGACCAGAUUGUGGAGAUCAAUGGGGAGCCCACCCAAGGAAUCACUCACACACGAGCCAUCGAGCUGAUCCAGGCUGGUGGGAGCAAAGUUCUUCUUCUCCUCAGACCCGGAACGGGCUUGAUACCAGAUCACAGUGAUUGGGAUCGUUUCAGUCCAUCAUCUUCAAACAUAAUAUAUGAUGAGCAGUCACCAUUGCCCUCCUCAUCACAUUCUGCUUUCACACCUGACGUGGCUCGUACACCAGUAUCAGAAGACACUUUAAAGAAAGUUCAGAUGUCUGAAAAACUGGAAGAAGUGCAGAACACUGUGCCUGACAAGAAAAGCACUUUAACUGAAAACCAGUCGGAGAGGAUGCACCUGUCUUCUACCCAGAAGAAUAUGAACAGAUGGGACCAGGCCACGGGCCCGGGGUAUCGGGAGACGAAAACUAACCCAGGCUUAGUGACUGGCAACAUCAGUGGCAGAGGCAGAUCUACAAGUCCACAAAAGCCGGGUGUUCCUAAGGAGCAGAGGACUCACAGCCCCAGAAAAGUGGAGCCUAAAAAACCACACAGCAGCCUCCCAGACCUUUCUGGGAGUCCAAGGAGGGGUGAGAAGAAACGCGCAGAAAUCAACACAAACGCAGUGUAUGAAAAAGGCCCUCUCAGGGGAACCCACGGCAGAUCUGCUAGUCCCCAAAAGCAUCCUAGUAAAGGAGGAAACGGAGAGAAAUUACACAGGCUACCAGACUAUCAAGGUCGACCAGCUGCUAAUGAUGCUACUGAGACUGCUGAGCAGGUCAAAGAUGGCAAAGAAAAAUCAGGAGUCGCAAAGAAAGAUAUGAAGCAAACCAUUUCUGAGAAGAAUGAGAGGUGGUCUCGAGAGAGAAAGCACCCAAGACCAAACGAAAAGACGGUUCUGUUUAAUAAGGCCAGUGAACCCAGGAGAAACGUAUCUGAAUAUGAACAUGGAGAGGAAGCAAACUCUGGAGAGCCAACUUCUGGCAAAAUGAAAACUGCAAGUCUUUCCGAUAUCGCACUGCUUUCCGUGGAGACACAGGGCAGGCCAGAACCUCGAGAGGCAGCUCUUCUGCACCGAAUCCAGAGAGACAGAGACUUGGAGUCAACUGAUGAAACCAAAGAUGACGGCAUUUCAAAACCUGACAGCAGUUCCCCGGUCAGGAAAGCACCGAUAACUCCUGGACCUUGGAAGGUACCAAGUGCACGUAAAGUCACAAAAGCAACAGGUGUGACUGAAAAACGGGUCUGACUGAACUUUUUUUAGGACAUGUUUUAAUCAAGUUUCUAAUAUGGUCAAUUACAAGAAUCAUUUCUUUUCACAAAGCUGUCAUUUUUCAGGAACUGUGAUUAAGGGGGUGGGAGGGAGCAUUUGAUUUGUUCUUAACCUAUCUAACUGCAUGAAGGACCUUUGGGAUCGCUUAUAAGAAACUCUUCCACAAGCUGCUGCCCCUCGUCAUUUUGAAGGCGGUGCCCUGCUGCUCAACAUUGCACUGCUACAGCUCUCUGAUAGUAUUGUGAGUUUCUGAACAACAUUAUUUAAUGCCUAUAUUGCCAAUGUGAUCAUGAUUCACUGCUUGUUGUUGUGCCAAGUUAUCUACUGUAUCCCAUCCAGUUAAACCUUUUCAUCUAUGUUUUCCAGUCACAGAAAAGGCAAGAUUUUGAUGAAAAUGAGUAUUUUUUUCUCAAAAAGCAUGUUGCAUGUUUCCAUAGGGAGGUACCCACACCCUCACUGCUUCAGAAAGAAGUUGGGUGGCUGGUUCUAGCAACCCCUGCCCCACUCACGCUGCCCCAAGCAACACUUUUCCCUGAAGGUCCCUUAAGCUGCUUUGAAAUAGUUUUGAGAGUCUCUGAAUCUCUGAGGAGAGGAGAGGAGGAGCCUCGGUUCCAGGUAGCACAGUGGAUAUUCCAGUGCCCGACUCAGCGGCGAUGCUUGCUAGGAGAGUGAGAGAUGGCGUGCCGCACCUGGGUGCAGCCCAGAGCCCCCGCCGGCUGGCGGGGCAGGAUCUCGCCCGGCGCUCUUUGGACACGGAGUAGGCGCUCGCCACACGCGCCUCCGCCUCCUGUGGGCACCGUGCGUUGGACUCCUCUGUGGUAUCUCUAAUGCGAGUUCAUUUCUUGUCUUGCCUGUAGACUGAGUGUUGAUCUGUGAGGCAGAACCACCGUGGUCAGCUUCUGAAGCAAAGAGUCCUCCCCUUGCCUGUGCCUCCUAUUAGAAGUCUCCCGUAUUUUAUUUUUAAUAUGUGAUUUGUUUUAAAUGUGAUGUUUUAAGAGUGGGGAAUCAACGAUGUACAGGGUACAUGAGACUUAAUAUCUAUUCUUUGGGCUCUAAUAUGUAUUUAAAGAUAAUGCUGAGGAAUGAGCAACAUCGUAUUUGCAUAUCAGUCACAUAAUGAACUGGAGGCGUAGCAGUCUUCAAAAAUUGCAAGGUUUGGAUUUCUAAAUAGUAUCAGCAAUGGAUCUGCCUCUGCAAACAGAACUAUAGCAGCAGCUCAUUGGUCCAGUUUGCAGAAGCAGGUAGGGAAAAAAGGGUCAAAAAGCCAAACUGGGCCUUCAUGUUAAAUCUGAAGUGACUGUGACUGGCUCAUGAAAGACCCAACUGACAUCUGCCUGCUUGGGUCUAGAGUUGUUGUGAAGCUUUGUGAGGCAAAGCAGAUGAGUUCCAAGCUUGCACUAGAAACUUUUUAGAAAUACAGACGACUCUACUUGGCAGCAGGUCUAAAUGAAGAACAAUCCUAAAAUAGGCUUCAGACCGUCCUCUGCUGCUUCCUAUUUUAUGAAUCCAUUAAUUUGCUGUAGCAUAAUGUGUACAAAUACUCGAUAUUGUAGAGUAUGACUGUGAAAAUAUUUCAUAUUUGAACUAGCCUAUGUAGAUAUUAACCAUGUAUUCUUGAUUGGUAAACCUCCUGGAGUCUCUUCAUUAAGAGUUGUAUGCACCUGUGCUAGCCAUUGAGUACAGUACCAAAUUCAGAAACUUGAUGAAUUAGCACCAUUGAAAUUCCUUUCCCUUCCUGUCGGCAAGUACCCAUCCAAAUGCUAUUUUUUCUGAUCGUUUGCAUUGUGACCUGAUUUGGUGUCUUAUCUGUUUGUGAUUCCUCCUUUCCAGACAACCUGUAUCUGUACUUACUGUAUAAGAUGACUUAGCAACGUGGCCUUGGAGUGCUAAGCAACAUAUGGAUGUACUGGAUGUAAAUGUUUAUAUAUUGUACAGCACCUUUAUAUAUACUUCUGAGGUUCUGACUAGAGAGACCUGUAAAUCGCUCAUUAUUUUUUAUAUAGAUAUUAAAAAGAAACUCCAGCUCAUGGCCUGCUGGUUCUUGCCCUGUA